AUCCUUCAGGAAAAGCAAUCGAGCGUGUUUCCCUCGAGCAGCCUCUCAAACAAACGAGGUGUGGGAAGAUGGCAUCCACCGAGCAACCUGAUCCACCAACACAGCCUGGCCUUCCACCUGGAGAUAAUGUGGCAACCCCCCCUAGAGAAGCACUGAUCACCACUGCUGUAAAAUUUCUACAGAACCCAAAAGUACGUCAGAGUCCCUUGGCCACCAGAAAAGCUUUCCUGAAGAAAAAAGGGCUGACGGAUGAGGAGGUAGAGUUGGCUAUCCAGCGCUCUGGCAGCACAGAAGAAGUCCUACCUCUGAGCCCUGUGGGGCCCCCACAUCCACUCCAUGCAACUCAGCUGGCUCCUGUGGCUCACAGUCCUGCAGGCUACAGAUGGAGAGACUAUGGUGCCCUCACCAUCAUCAUGGUGGGCAUUGCCUUUGGCUUUCAUCAUCUUUACAAGAAAUACAUCCUUCCCCUCAUUAUGGGCAGCCGAGAGGACAAGAAGCAUCUGCAGAGGAUGGAGAGCAACAUUGCGGCAAUGAGUGGCACGCUGACACAGACAGUAAGCCAGCUGCAGCAGACCCUGGUCUCCGUCCAGGAGCUUCUGGUCCAACAGCAGCAGAGAAUCCAGGAGCUCUCUCAGGAACUGGCUGCAGCUGAGGCAUCAUCUUCAACCAACCGUAUCCUGGACAACCAAACAAUUGGAGAGCUGAAGGCUGAGAUCGUCUCUUUGAAGGGCUUACUGCUCAGCAGGAGACAAUUCCCCUCCACUCCGACCGUUCCCAAGAUCCCCUCCUGGCAAAUUCCCUUGAAGCCGCCCUCAGCAUCCACCUCACCAUCCGUUAACCACACCAACAGCAGCAGCGAUAUUUCCCCUGUCAGUAAUGAGUCCGCCAACUCCUCCCCUGUCAAAGAUGGACACCACAGCCCUCAGGAUGCACUGGGAGGACCUGAUGGAGCUCACGGUAUCAAUGGAGAUGUGGGCACUGUGGGCCUCGGCACAACGCUGCCCCUGGACCUGAAGGACCAGGUCCGCAUGGAGGUGCAGGGGGAGGAGGAGAGGAAGGAGGAAGAGGAGGAUGAUGUCAGCCAUGUAGAGGAGGAGGAGGAGGAGGAGGAGGAGGAGGGUCUAAGCAUGCAGACAGAGGAUCGGCGAGGUGGGGAUGGACAGAUUAAUGAACAGGUGGACAAACUGAGGCGGCCCGAGGGUGCCAGCAACGAGAGUGAGGUGGAUUAGACAACAGUAGAAAGCACAAAAACACUCUUCAAACACCACUUCUUAUCUCUGCUGACGGCUUUGUUUCAAUCUGCUGCUCUCUGCUCACAGUCAUUCUGUUUGUUUUUUAUUUUUUAAAUCCAUCUUCACUGUCUGUUUCCACUUGUUUCUAAAACAUCUUAAUCUUGAGUAAAAUGAGGAGUAGGCGUGGGUGUGAGAAGACGCAAAACUGACAAAUAUUGUCUAGUUGACACAUGGCUUACCUCAAUUUACUUUUCAUCAUGCAAACUAAAUGAGUGCAUGCUGAGCCAAGAACCAUGUUGUGACUUUUCUUUGAAAUGAGAAAUGACGGGCAGUAGUCAAAUCAGAAUGACUUUAAAAGGCUGUAUGCAGAACUAACUGUGUGUGACUUACUGCUUUUAAUUUUCAUGAUUUGAUCAGAUAAUUCACAGCUUUGCCUUGGUGUCCUUGUAAUUGUACUAAGGCUCUUAUACAGACCAAAGAGGCAGUGCUGCACAGAAUAUCUCUGCUUUAUAGUGCAGCUGUGGGUCAGGAGUCAUAUGUUGGUACUUCAGUCUCAAAGUUACCGUGAGCUUCCAGAGAAGCAUUAACACAGUUUGUCUCCCUGUUGAUGGCAAUAGGAGAGGACAAGCUCUUCCAGGGCCGGAGCUUUUAGCCUCUUUUAUGUGUCCUUUCGCAUUGGUGUCAGUCUGUCAAUAAUUCACAAGGCCAGCAGGGUGGCAUUUGGGUGAAAUAAAAGCCCUGAAAUUUGAGAUUAGAAUGUGAUGACGGGCUUUGUUCCAUGCCGGUGUCAGAGUGCUCAUACGCUCAAAGGAGGGGAAGAUAAAUGUUUUUUCCCUCGCUUUCCUUUCUCACUGAGGGCUGAAUUGUGCAUCUUUGCGAAUGUGUUUGUGCGUGGCAGGCGAGAAAACCCAGACUGUCUGCUGAGCUGUAUCUGUGUCUCCAGCAGGGCAGCUGAUUUGGUUUGUGAAGUAUGUUAAUAAUCAAAUGAUCAACAAAUAACAGAUGUAUUAGUUCAUGCAGCUUGAAAUGUCAAGGAGGCUAAAAGCGGAAAUCUAAUACAGAAAGCCCAGUUGCAUUGUAUUAUUUUCCGUGACAAACCCUCCGGUCCAAAUUAUGUAGGGCCUCCUACAGUGAGUAAUCUUUACAGAAAACGGCGCCAAUAUUUUGUAAUUAAGCCGCAGUAAGACAACGAGGGCUGCCACAGAUGGAAGUUGCAGAACUUGUAUCACUUUUUUUCUCUCAGUGUGGAGGUGGAUGGGGGAAGUUGAAAAAAAAAUUGCCCCAUGAUUGAAAAGGAAAGCAAUAAAUGAAUACUUGACUUAUUGAAUUACUCACUCUGUCUCCAGCUAACAAGAAGAGUCCAUGAGUGAGAAGGAGGGAUAUCAGCUCUCGUGCCAUUUCCACCUCCAUCACAUGGCCUUCAUAGGAACACAGAAAAGGUAGAGGGACACUGAACAUUUCUGUGUGACACCGGUCCUGAUCUACAGGUUAUCUUUAGUCAUGCUGAUUUUGUUUAUGUCGAAAGUGUCGAAUGAUGAGACAACAAUACUGCAGUAUCAUGUAAAUUCUAUUUUUUUGAUUUAGUGGAAAUUAUUUUUUUGUGGAUGAAUGAGAUUGGUUAAAAGAUGUACAGAAUCAAGAGGUGAAAGGUAUUCUUCUUAGCAGUGUGGUUUCAGUGAUCUGUCCUCUCUGUAAGCUGCUGAUCACUGCAUUGUGUUAGCCAGACAUGUACAUUACUAUAAUAAUUUUGUUUCAUUUCAAGAAGAAUCUCCUUUAUAUUUAUUUUAAACCAACUGGACAUAAAACACACGCUACUGUAUGUUGCUGUUAAAGGACAAAUGUAGUAUUACUGAGAUUUUCUUGUUUAUGUUUUACAUUUCUUAUAUUCAGUUACAGUUUUGUGUCUUUUUUCCUUCAGUUACAUAACAUUCACAGUUAAAUACUUGACUUAGUAAUAAAAAGUGCUGAUUGUAAAUCCUAAUAGAGUAAAAUGUACCUAAUUUGUAUUUCCAUCCAUUCAAUUAACAUUAAAGGAAAGAAAAUUGCACAAUAACAAGCAAAAACUCAAAUCACACUGAAGUUGUCAAGUUGUCAGUUGUUUAAGUGGGUUGUGUCAUUUUUCUCUAUGCUUUAAUCUCUCUGAGAUGUUUGUCUGAGUGUGGGUGUGUAUGUUCAGGGCAGGAAGGUUUUCUGCAAUAUUCACAUCAAGUAACAAUUUAGCAUUGUUUUCUAUUUGGCUAAAAAUUGAGUUUGGUAAUAAUAAAAUCACACCACUUUCCAA